AUGUUGGAGAAGAUGAAUCCAGGUAGAGUUUCAUUUGUUGAAUUGGAUGAAACCCAGAGGUUUAAAUAUUUGUUUUUCGCCUUGGGGGCGUGCAUUGAAGGCUUCAAUUCCAUGAGAAAGGUGAUCAUUGUGGAUGCAACCAGUAUUAAAAAUGUAUAUGGUGGAGUACUAAUCGUGGCUUCAGCUAAAGAUCCGGAUCACCACCAUUAUCCAAUUGCAUUUGGUGUAGUUGACAGUGAGAAUAAUGCAAGUUGGACUUGGUUUUUCAGUAAGUUAAAAUCAAUUAUACCAGAUUUUACUGAGUUGGUCUUCUGUUCUGAUAGACAUCAAAGCUUGAUCAUGUCAAUAAGUACGGUGUACCCGUUGUCUCACCAUGGAUAUUGUAUUUAUCACUUAUCUCAGAAUGUUAAACUGAGCUGUAAGAACGUGAACAGAGAUCUAGUUGCGACGACGUUCAUGCAAGUUGCGAAGGCUUACACCGAGUCUGAGUUUGAGAAACUCUAUGCUGAUUUCAUUAAAAGGUUUCCAGCUGCAGUUGAAUCGAUUAAUGGUGUCUUUAGAUUCUUAAGGGCAUACGCGUUACUACCAAUGAUAGAUGCGAUUGUUGCCAAACUAGCUGAAUGUGUGACUGGAGUUGAUGGUAGUAGUUAUGUGGUUGAUCUGAAAAACAAAACUUGCUACUGCAAGCAAUUUGAUAUUGAUAGAUAUCCGUAUUUGCACGCUAUUGAUGUGGCUAUGGAAGCAGCAAAAAACGCUGGUCAUGAGAUCAAUGAGAUCCAAUUGCAUGAGCUGUGCAGUAAGUAUUAUUGGAUGGAGCAGUGGGCAUUAGGAUAUUCAAGGACGAUAUAUCCAGUUCCUAUCAUGUCUAUGUGGAUCGUUCCGGACAAUGUGCGUGCUUUGGUUGUCUUUCCUAAGUUUUAUGUCAUAAAAAGAGGAAGGAAACCAACAAAGAGGAUUAAAUCAACAGGAGAACAUGGACGCAAGAAGAAGAAAUCUACCAUCGCAAGCUGGUUUGAGAGUCAAGGUUCCCAAAGUUGA